AUGCAAAAUCCAGGUAAUAAAAAUAACAAUAUUAAUUAUGGUAAAAAUAUUAUGAUUCCAAAUAUGCCUAACAUGUCCAACUCACCUAAUAUACCUAACACAGUUAAUAUGCCAAAUAUAUCUGGUUCUUCAAAUUUACCUAAUUCCCCAAUUAUGCCAAAUAUACCCACCUUGCCGAAUUUACCAAAUAUACCAAAUUUGCCAAAUAUUCCAAAUUUACCAAAUAUACCAAACUUACCAAAUAUUCCCAAUAUACCUAAUGUAUCAAAUAUUCCAAAUAUACCUAAUGUAUCAAAUAUUCCUAGUAUACCCAAUCAUAAUAUAAGUAAUCAAAAUAUGAAUAAUACUCAUUUUAUGAAUAAUUCAAUUAGCCAAAUACCUUUACCAUAUAUUCCUGGAAUACUACCAAAUGUUAAUACAUGUGAUUAUUAUAAUAAAAAUAUUAUGCAUAUGAAUCCGACAUAUGAUAAUUACAAUCCAUUAAUGUAUACUCAACCCAAUAAUAUAAAUAUACCACUAUCUACAAAUAAUAAUAUAGAUAAUUUAAACGAUGUGGCAUUACAUAUGAAUAAUAAUGUGAUGAAAAUGUACAAUAAAGAUAUGUUAUUAAAUAAAAACCAAAAAAUCAUGAACAGUAAUUUAAUGAAUUUGCCAAAUAACAUGAACUUAAAUUAUAUGAAUAAUUACAAUAUAGAAAAUCAUGGAUGGUGUGAAAUGGUAGCAAAAAAUGGAAGAAAAUUUUAUUACAAUUCUAUAACAAAAUGCUCGAAGUGGGAAAAACCAGAUGAAUUAAAGACUCCAGAAGAAUUAAAAAUUUCUGAAAAAACAAAAUGGAAAGAAUAUUCAUGUAGUGAUGGAAGAAAGUACUGGCAUCAUGAAGAAAAAAACAUUAGUGUAUGGGAUGAACCAGAAGAAAUUAAAAAAAUAAAAUUAGAAUGCGCUUCUACUAGGAAUGAAGAUAAUAAUAAAGAUGAAAAAGAAGAAAAUAAGAAAAAUAAAGAAAAUGAAGUUUUAAAAAAUUAUAAUGUAAAUGAAAAUAAUAAAACUUCUGAAGAUAUAAAUAAAAAUAAUGAAGAAUGCAAUAUUAAGGAAAAUAAUAAUUCUAGUAAUAAUAUCAAUUAUAUAAAAGAAGAAGAUUUUAAAAAUGAAAUAAAUAAAAACAUAUAUAAUAAUAUUGAUGAAAAAAAUAAAAAGAUUAGUAAUGACGGGGAUAAUGUGAUAUGGGAAAAAUUUGAGGAUAAAAAUGAGGCAAGGGAACAUUUGAAAAUUUUAUUUGAAGAAAAAAAUAUAAAUCCAAAAAUGACAUGGGAAAAUACUUUAAAAAUUUUAGAAAGUGAUAGCCGAUGGUUAAGUUUGGUUAUUCUGACGAAAGGAGAAAAAAGACAACUGUUUUCUGAAUAUAUUAGUCAUGCAGUAAAAAGAGCUAACGAAAAUGAAAGAAGAAAAAGACAGAAAUCAAGAGAAAUAAUUUUUCAAACAUUAUUAAAUUGGGAUAAAUUAAAUGAGCGAACAACUUAUAUAGAAUUUGCAUCCGAAUUUUAUAAUGAAGAAUGGUGGAAUUGGAUAACAGAAAAAGAAAGAGAUGAAAUAUUUCAAGAUUUUAUUGAUGAUUACAAGCAUAAAUUUAAAGAAAUACGAAGAAAAAAAAGAAAAAAAACAGCUGAAAUUUUAAAAGAAAAAUUUCAAGCAUAUGCAGAACAGAAAAAUCCAUUGAAAUGGAAAGAAAUUAAAGUUUAUUUUAAAGAUGAUGAAGAUUUUAACUCUUUACACAAAAUAGAUGCUUUAGCUGCAUGGGAAAGCUUUUUUGAAAAAUAUCAUAAUCAGGAAAAAAUGGAACUUAAAAAGAAAGUAUAUAGAAUUUUGAGAAAAAAAAGAGACGCCUUUAUUGAAUUAUUAAAUGAAUAUUACGAAAAAAAUAUCUUAAAUAUUAAAACACAAUGGAUAUAUUUUGUCUCUAAAAUAUAUAAAGAUUCUCGUUACACAGAUUUAUUAGGACAACAAGGAUCAUCACCGAAAGUACUAUUUGAAGAAUUUAUUGAAUCUUUACAGGAACAAUAUUUAAGACAUAAAGCAUACAUAAAGAAAGCUUAUAAAGAAAUGGAAAUUGAUGUAGAUGAAAAUACUACUUUUGAUGAUUUUUUACAAUAUUUUUCAAAAGUACAAAGUAAAUAUAAAAUUCCACAUGUCAAUAUGAAUUUUAUAUAUCUUUCUAUACUCAAAAAAUUAAAAGAAAAAAAAAAUAAGGAAGUGAAACAUAUUAAUAAAGUAGCUAAAUUUUUAACGAAAAUUUCUGAACUUAAACCAAAUAUGACAUAUAAUAAAGUAAUUAGUAUAAUUAAAUGCUCAAGUAAAUGGCCGAUAGUAUGUAACUUAUGCCCCAAAGAAGAACAAAAAUUAGCUGCAUAUAACAUAUGGAAAUCAUACGUAAAUUUAAAAAAAAAAGAUCAUUCCAAUGAUUCACCAAAUUAUAACUUAAAUAAAAAUUUUAGAAAUUCAAGAAGAAAAGAGUCUUCAAAAUCAAGUGAAGACGAAGAUGAAGAGUCUGGUAAUAAAGUACAGUCAAAAUAUAAGCAGUAUUCUAAAGAAGAUUCUGAUUCAAGUGCACAAACAAUUGAGUCUUUACGUACCAUUGACCAUCCUUCUAACUAUUUACAUUAA